GUGGACAUGCGAAAACGUUGAUGUUUGCUCAUGUCAGUCCUGAAGGGGAUUCCUUUGGCGAAACAAUUAGUACUCUGAAGUUUGCACAGAGGGUUUCGAGUGUGGAGCUGGGUGCAGCUCGUUUAAAUAAAGAGAGCGUCGAAGUUUUAGAGCUCAAGGCAGAGAUCGAGAUCCUCAAAAAGGCGUUGGCUAACAAGGAAGCACCAACUCCUCAAACUAACAAACCAAAGGAAGCAUCAAGGACACCUUUCCAGAAGCCUAAAGCAACAACUGAGCUUCAGGAAGGAUAUGAUGUCACAAAAUUGUAUGAUCAAGGGGGUAAUGAUAGUUUCAUGAAGACUCCUCCGAGUCCACCUUUUAAUUGCUAAAAUGAGGAGAAGUCAUCAACGGCAUCUAAUGCAAGGACACUGAGAAGACAAUCCUUAACUGGCAUCCCACUACCAACCA